AUGAAUAAAGAAGUAUUAAUCGAUAUUGGAUUACAAUUAGCACAUUUGCGAAUGUAUCCAUUAUUCGAUAUGUGUCAUUACCUAUUAACUGCUAUACAUGUACGAGAUGAUAUACAACAAUAUCCAACAGUCACACAAAAUUUUAUACGUCGUCACCCAUUAUCAUGUUGGUUAUCAACAAUGUUACUUUGUUUUUCCGGUUCUAUUCUAUCGAAUUUUUUACUUGGUGAAAAUUUAAUAAAAGAUUUCAUUCAUCAUCAACAUCUUCUACUUGCAACUAUUUGUUGGUAUUUUGUAUUUUAUUCUCCAUUCGAUAUAAUUAAUCGUUUAUUACGAUUUAUACCUAUUCGUAUUGUUAUUGGUGUUGGAAAAGAAAUUCAACGAACGAAAAAAAUUUAUGAUGGUGUUCAUUCAACAUUACGUUUAUAUCCUGAUGCUUAUCUUAUUGUUAUACUUAUUGGUGCUAUUAAAGGUUGUGGUGGAUCAAUAAUGUCAUCGAUUGAUCGAUUUAUUCGUGGUCUUUGGCUACCUACACAACAUGAAUUUCUUUUUCCAUCUUUUGCAACAAAAGCAUGUUUUCUUUCAUCAUUAGUUUUCUUAUUAUCUCAUAUUGAAUUACUAAAAUUUGAACAUGAAUUAAUUUAUCUAUGUGUUGCUUCAAUGUUUAUAUAUGUACGAAUAAUAACUUCAUUUUUUAAACAAUAUGAUCCAUUAUUACCAUUUGAAAAUCUUUCAUGUGGAUUAUUAUUUAAUAGUUGGACAGAUUUAAUUUCUGAUGCAUAUCGACGAGCAACUGUUGUAAGUCCUGUAACAACACAACAAAAUACAGCAUUGUCAGCUGCAAAUUCAUCGUUAAGUAAUACGACAGCAUUAAUGAAUGCAAAAAAAGAUGGAAUUACUAACGAUGGACAAAUAAAAGGAUUUGAUGGGAAAAAAUGA